UCCUCUGCUCGUGGGGCGAGUCGGAUCCGACCGUUGCGGCAGUCGGUUCCACAGUCGAGAUCCACUCUCUCGUCUCGCGGCCUUCGAUGAACGGCAAGGUCGGCGUCGUCGUCUCCGCAAACGCUUCGACGGCCCGCUUCGGCGUGCGUGUGGCGGGCGAGGCCAAGGCACUCGCACUGAGGCCGGCCAACCUGCAGCCAGCGGCCGAGGCGGUGGACGUGGGCAGGCUGAUCCUCAAGGCGGCGGAGUGGUCGCCGCAGUCGCACGAGCUCUUCCCGGAGGCGGCUCGCAAGCGGGCGGUCGAGGUGAUGCGGCUGGGCUACCUGAUCGCCUGGGACGAGGAGCGCUUCGACAGCCGCGAGGGAGCGGCUCCAGAGCUGGCGGACAUCUGGCGCGGCUUUGUGCUGCCAAGGGUGGUGGUGCGAUGACUGGUUUUCAGUGAGAGGGCCAAACCUCCAGCAGGGGGUCUUGCCGUUGCCCGGAUGCAGCUCCGCGUUGCCUGAGCGCCGCCGCGGAGUGCUGAGUGAGGCGGGGAGAACCAACUCUCGCGGCAAUAUUAGGAGUAGCAAGUACAGUUGCAUUCUGGAUCCUUUUGAAGAGUAGAUACGUCGUGUCCUGUCUGCGUUUUCUUUAUUCGGGCUGUUGGGUUGGCUGCAUACAGCCAUAGCUCUGACGUCUGAGCUG